CGGCUUGCCACCAGUUUUACCUCUCUGUGGAGGGGGCGGGGCGGAAAAAGGCUGCGCGCGGUAAAGCAUGGCUGCCAAGGUGGCUCUAACCAAGAGAGCUGAUCCAACUGAGUUGAAAACAAUAUUUUUGAAGUAUGCAAGUGUUGAGAAAAAUGGUGAAUUUUACAUGUCCCCUAAUGACUUUGUCACACGGUUUCUGAAGAUAAUAGGAGAUGGAGUACCCAAUCCCAACACUGUCCAGUUGCUGGGAGGUGUGGUGGAUCAGACUAAAGAUGGAUUGAUAUCCUUUCAAGAAUUUGUAGCAUUUGAAUCUGUCCUCUGUGCUCCAGAUGCGUUAUUCAUGGUGGCUUUCCAGCUUUUUGACAAAACUGGCAAAGGAGAAGUGACUUUUGAGGAUGUUAAGCAAGUAUUUGGUCAGACCACAAUUCACCAGCAUAUUCCCUUUAACUGGAACUCAGAGUUUGUGCAGCUGCAUUUUGGUAAAGAUCGGAAAAGACGACUAACAUAUGCAGAGUUCACCCAGUUCUUGCUGGAAAUCCAGCUGGAACAUGCUAAGCAAGCUUUUGUACAGAGAGAUAACACACAAGCUGGAAGAGUCACUGCCAUUGACUUUAGAGACAUCAUGGUCACAAUCCGGCCUCAUAUGUUGACACCUUUUGUUGAAGAAUGUCUAGUAGCUGCUGCUGGAGGUACCACUUCCCACCAAGUCAGCUUUUCCUAUUUUAAUGGAUUUAAUACUCUUCUUAAUAACAUGGAACUCAUUAGAAAAAUCUAUAGUACUCUGGCUGGACAUAGAAAAAACGUGGAAGUUACUAAAGAGGAGUUUGUUCUGGCAGCUCAGAAAUUUGGCCAGGUUACACCCAUGGAAGUUGACAUCUUGUUCCAGUUAGCAGAUUUAUAUGAGCCACGGGGACGCAUGACGAUGGCUGACAUUGAACGAAUUGCUCCUUUGGAGGAGGGCACAUUGCCUUACAACCUGGCUGAAGCUCAGAGACAGCAAGCUCCAGGAGAUGUGUCCCGGCCUAUUCUUGUCCAGAUAGCAGAAUCUGCAUAUAGGUUUGCCCUUGGUUCAGUCGCUGGAGCUGUUGGAGCCACUGCAGUAUACCCAAUAGAUCUUGUGAAAACCCGGAUGCAGAACCAGCGCUCCACUGGGUCAUUUGUUGGAGAGCUGAUGUACAAGAACAGCUUUGAUUGCUUUAAGAAAGUGCUACGUUAUGAAGGAUUCUUUGGACUCUAUAGAGGUCUUUUGCCACAGUUAUUGGGUGUAGCCCCAGAAAAGGCGAUUAAACUUACUGUAAACGAUUUUGUGAGAGACAAAUUUAUGCUCAAAGAUGGCUCUGUUCCUCUCGCAGCAGAAAUUCUUGCUGGCGGCUGUGCUGGAGGAUCUCAAGUGAUUUUCACAAACCCACUAGAAAUUGUCAAGAUUCGCUUGCAAGUUGCUGGAGAGAUCACAACUGGCCCACGCGUUAGCGCCCUUACUGUGCUGCGAGACCUCGGAUUUUUUGGCCUGUACAAGGGAGCCAAGGCCUGUUUUCUUCGUGACAUUCCCUUCUCUGCCAUUUACUUCCCCUGUUACGCUCACAUGAAAUCUGCUUUUGCAAGUGAAGAUGGACGAGUAAGCCCUGGAUCUUUGCUUUUAGCUGGAGCAAUAGCUGGUAUGCCUGCUGCUUCCUUGGUGACCCCUGCAGACGUAAUCAAGACAAGGUUACAAGUAGCAGCCCGGGCAGGACAGACAACCUACAGUGGUGUCAUUGACUGCUUUGGAAAGAUCCUACGAGAGGAAGGUCCAAGAGCUUUUUGGAAAGGAGCUGCAGCUCGUGUAUUUCGUUCCUCUCCUCAGUUUGGGGUAACCCUGGUGACUUACGAGCUGCUACAGAGAUGGUUUUACGUUGAUUUUGGGGGAGUAAGACCAGCAGGCUCUGAACCAGUUCUGAAAUCUCGGAUCACCCUACCUGCUCCAAAUCCUGACCACGUGGGGGGUUAUAAACUGGCUGUUGCCACAUUUGCAGGAAUUGAAAAUAAAUUUGGACUUUACUUACCUCGGUUUAGGUCCACCACACCAUCUGGUUCUCAGGCAGCCUCGGUUUAAUCCUGAAGCAAUGACUUCUCCCAAGGACUGGGAAAGGGCCAUACAUCUAACCAAUCUCAGUAUCUCAUUCCUUUAGCUUUUUUGCUUUUGUUCUCUCUCUUCACCAUUGUAAAUCAUUGAUCUAUGUGUAUCUUGUAUCAGAUCACUGUGAAAUUCUUCUAAAAUCUUAUUGGUUUGGGCCCAUGAAUGUAUUUUUUUUUGUCCUACUUGCACAUGCCUUGGGAUUGUGAAUGUAGUUGCACUUGAGGAAAAGCAUUCAUAUAUAAUUCCACUUGUUCCCCUUGGAGAACCUGUUGCUGGCCAAACUAGGGAAGCUGGGGAAUAUAAUUAUCUUGUGAUCAGGUGAGGACUCUACUGCCACUUGCAGUUGCAUUAGAACAUGGUUCUAAUAAGUUACUGCUUGGACCACAACUCCCAGAACCCCAGAAAUUGCUUUUUAGACUACAACUAAUCAUACUGCUUGGGAAAGUCACUUUUCAAAUAUCUGGGCUUCAUAUUGAAUAUUAUAUGCAUACACUGCAGAAAUAAUGGUGCUUGGUGCAAAACAAUUUGAUCCAUGUGUACAUACGGUACCUGACUGUGCCGGAGUGACUGGAUUUUGCAUACAUAACACGCACAAGCUGCAUUACUGGAUUGUGUUAGGAAGCUUUUAUGGGGAACAUGUUUUUGUAACUUAAAACCACAAUGACAAAUGUUUAGCAAUUUUAUUCUGUUCCUGGGGCUGGAAUGCUGACCGUGUAGGAGGUGGGGCGAGAAGUGCUAUUUUCUUUAGACUCUGCACUUUAUGGAAGAACAUCUGAGCAUCUUACCAUUUGCACUGUAAUGUCAGCAUUAGGGCCCUGAGCUAUUAAAAGCAGUAGCUGUAUGUUGUUUGUCCUUUCCUGUGCUUUUUGCUUCAGGCUUCUGUAUAGACACAUACCCUUGACAUAAAUGGAGGCUGUGCCCAUGGGUUAUCAGCCUGACCAUGAUGAUAUUCAAGUUUUUGUUUUGUGUUCUGCACAUACAGAGUAACUGCUGCUUGUUUAAAUAAAUGCAAUAGAAAUAAUAACAAUAAAUCCAUGUAUUAUAUCAAUGGUUAUCUGCCUUAACUGCCAGCUUGUAAUUGGACAACAUUUGUGUGAAAAUUCUUACUAACUUUGUUGAAUUAAAAAGGAGAUUUUUUUAAAAAAAGAAAAAUAACCAGAAUAAAAUAUUUUUGACUA